UCGAGCUGCCAGUGGAAAGAAGUCUGGCACCAUGCUAGAAGGCUACAGCCCUGUGACCCAGGCCCUGCUGGGGACCCUGUUCACCUGGGGUCUGACUGCUGCCGGAGCAGCCCUGGUCUUUGUCUUUUCCAGUCGACAGAAGCGCAUCUUGGAUGGAAGUUUGGGCUUUGCAGCUGGGGUAAUGCUGGCUGCUUCCUAUUGGUCUUUGCUGGCGCCGGCGAUCGACAUGGCAGAGGAGUCUGGGAAGUACGGCUCAUUUGCUUUCUUGCCUGUGGCAGUGGGAUUUACACUCGGGGCGGCCUUUGUUUACUUCGCUGACCUGGCCAUGCCCCUGCUGGGUGUAGGUGCUGACCCCCAGGCUGCCUUGGCUCUGCCCCCCGAGUCCAAGCUGACCAAAGAGAAAGCAGACGAGCCCUCGUUCGACUCUGAUGAGAUGACCAUCAGGAUAGGUAGAGCUGGACCACAUUCAGAUAAAAUAGAAAAUGGAGAUGUGUACCAGCGGAGAAGAGGACCACAUUCAGCCAGCUCAGAUGGACAGGAAACAGGAAACAAGCAACAGGAAGGGGUUGGGCAGACAGGAAGUAGCUGGCGACGAAUUGUUCUCCUCAUCCUUGCCAUCACGAUCCACAAUAUUCCAGAGGGAUUGGCUGUUGGCGUUGGAUUCGGUGCCAUUGGAAAGACUUCAUCUGCUACUUUUGAAAGUGCCAGAAAUUUGGCCAUCGGUAUUGGCAUCCAGAAUUUCCCAGAAGGCUUGGCGGUGAGCCUGCCACUCCGAGGUUCAGGGGUCUCCACAUGGACGGCCUUCUGGUAUGGCCAGCUGAGCGGCAUGGUGGAGCCUAUCGCAGGGUUGCUAGGCGCCGUGGCUGUUGUCCUGAUGGAGCCUCUGUUACCGUACGCGCUGGCGUUUGCUGCCGGGGCAAUGGUUUACGUGGUGGUUGAUGACAUCAUACCUGAGGCUCAAGUCAGUGGAAACGGGAAGCUGGCGUCCUGGACCUCCAUCCUGGGCUUCGUAGUGAUGAUGUCACUGGAUGUUGGGCUGGGCUGAGAUCGCCGUGACAACCGAACACUAAGUGGCAAUGAUGUCAUCACUGUGCUGCCGACCUCAGUUUUUAAAAAGGGGACCAAAUGACGUGUUUUAUCUGAAACACUAUUUAUCCAUUUAGUUUGUUGCUACUUGAAGAGAUAAAUAAAUAAAAAACAGCUAUUUUGUAACACAAGUUGUGAGGAUGACUGCACCUGAAGUUCUUUUUAAUGUGUUUUGUUUUCAUGCCAGCAGUUAUUUCCUAAGAGUAUGUAUGGGUAUUUAAUGAAUAUUAUCCUGAUCCAGAGCUUGUGAAUGUUUUAUUAAGAGGAUAUUGAUUUUUGGAUUCUUUUUUUUAACAAAAUCCUAAUUUAAAACAAGAAUUAGCAGCUAUAGAAAGUUAUAGGAAUGUUAUUUUUCAGUUGAUUUCUUCCGAUUUUUGUACUUCCUCAUGAAGAAUACUUGAAGUGUGGUGUUUGAUUUGGUGAUUUAAGGGAAACUUUUAGAUUUGCUUUACUUCAUUCUGACUCCUGAUGUAGAACAGCAAGGUACAACGUGAUUAUGAUCUACUGAAACAUUUAAUUUCAAAUGUGAUUACUUUACAUACUUUAUCCUCUUGGGUGAAACAAAUGAUCCAGUCUCCUCUUCAACCAAAUGUAGUGCCUUCUUCUUCUUCAUGGCACAGAUAGUCUCCUGCCAUCUACAGGCCAGUCUGUACAAUCACAUGUUGUAGUCCAUGUCUAAUUAUUUAAAUGCUGACAUUAACUCUGAAGAACAUGUGGAGUAUUUAUAUAAUUAAACAACAAAGUGAUUCUCCCUUUUCUACAACGUGUCGUUUUUAAGGUACUCCAUAUUUACUUUCCAACAAAAUCUAUGAGGUUAUUACACAUUUGUUACCUACAAAUUAAGAUUUGUGCAACAAAACAUAUGAUGAGCUAUUAAAACA